UUACCUUGACGCAGCUAGUAUUUGUGGUGCGUUCGGUGGCGCUCGUCCUGCUGUCUGGACCGGAGAGAAGAGGCCGCUGCUGCCCGUCGGUUCCGACGCCAUGAGGGAGAUCGUGCAUUUGCAGGCCGGCCAGUGCGGCAACCAGAUCGGCGCCAAGUUCUGGGAGGUGAUAUCGGACGAACAUGGCAUCGACCCCACCGGCACCUACCACGGCGACAGCGAUCUCCAGCUCGAGCGCAUCAACGUCUAUUACAACGAGGCCACCGGUGGCAAGUACGUCCCGCGGGCUGUGCUGGUGGAUCUGGAGCCGGGCACCAUGGACUCUGUGCGCUCUGGCCCCUUCGGGCAGAUCUUCCGCCCCGACAAUUUCGUUUUUGGUCAGAGUGGAGCAGGCAACAACUGGGCCAAGGGCCAUUACACAGAGGGGGCAGAGUUGGUUGACUCGGUGCUCGACGUUGUAAGGAAAGAAGCCGAAAGCUGUGACUGUCUCCAGGGUUUCCAGCUCACGCAUUCCCUGGGGGGCGGCACUGGCUCUGGCAUGGGGACGCUGCUGAUCAGCAAGAUCCGCGAAGAGUACCCAGACAGGAUUAUGAACACUUUUAGCGUCGUCCCCUCCCCCAAAGUGUCAGACACUGUGGUUGAGCCCUACAACGCCACUCUCUCAGUCCACCAGCUGGUGGAGAACACGGACGAGACCUAUUGUAUCGAUAACGAGGCCCUCUACGAUAUUUGCUUCCGGACCCUGAAGCUGACCACUCCUACCUACGGGGAUCUCAAUCACCUGGUGUCAGCCACGAUGAGCGGGGUGACCACUUGUCUGCGGUUCCCAGGCCAGCUAAAUGCUGACCUACGCAAGCUAGCGGUCAAUAUGGUCCCCUUUCCUCGGCUGCAUUUUUUUAUGCCUGGCUUUGCUCCACUGACCAGUCGUGGGAGCCAGCAGUAUCGUGCCCUGACAGUGCCUGAGCUCACCCAGCAGAUGUUCGAUGCCAAGAACAUGAUGGCAGCCUGCGACCCUCGCCAUGGGCGCUAUCUCACUGUUGCGGCAGUUUUCCGUGGGCGCAUGUCAAUGAAGGAGGUGGAUGAGCAGAUGCUGAAUGUCCAGAACAAGAACAGCAGCUACUUUGUGGAGUGGAUCCCCAAUAACGUGAAGACCGCUGUCUGUGACAUCCCUCCCCGCGGCCUCAAGAUGUCGGCCACCUUUAUCGGCAACAGCACAGCCAUCCAGGAGCUCUUCAAGCGCAUCUCGGAGCAGUUCACUGCUAUGUUCCGCCGCAAGGCUUUCCUGCAUUGGUACACCGGGGAGGGCAUGGACGAGAUGGAGUUCACCGAGGCGGAGAGCAACAUGAACGACCUGGUCUCAGAGUACCAGCAGUACCAGGAUGCAACAGCUGAAGAAGAGGGUGAGUUCGAGGAGGAAGCAGAGGAAGAAGCAGCUUAAGGGACCAGAGGUCACGCCUGUACGUUAGUUCAAAGGUGUCACAAACUUUAUUCAUUCCAGACCUCUUCUCUGUUCCUUUGUCCUGCGUUUUCUUCUUAUGUCACCUGUCUGAUGCUGUACAGACAUUAAAAACAUUUUCAUCCUG